UGAAAGUUCCGUCGUGAGGGGUCAGGCUUUCCCUCGUCACGGGGGACCAUGAACAAGGUUGCUUUCUGCACACAACUGUUGUGAUUGCGAUCAACAAUCCCCCGUAUGUGUACCUCCCUCUGCGGAUGGAUGCAUACCCACGCAUGGUUCAGUGCCGACGUAGCGAGAAGAAGGAAUCGACUGAACGACGACGACUGCGCGCAGCAUGCAGCGAUGGUUAUCGGAUCACGUUUGCGCGGCAUCCCAUCGCCUGCAGCACCACCGCACCGCACCGCACCGCACCGCACCGCACCGCACCGCACCUAGCAGCUGCGAUUCAAGUCGGUCAGCGAGCGAGCGCUUGCCUAGCUAACGCUUCGAUCCGCUUAUCCACCAGCUUGGACCACAUGCAGAAACGACUCUUUACUUCUCUUCUAGUAGUAGUGUUGACUGUGAGAAGGGUCGGAGUUUGCAUCGCAUGGCGAGCUAAUGGGGUGCUGCGCUCUAGCUUCCAGCCGUGCUCACUCACACAACACGAAUGGCAGCUAUAGGCUGCAUGGCGGGCCAGUCUCACAGCCCUAGCUGCAGCGCGCGCAUAUACAGAUGCUGCAGAUGCAGCUUAAUUAUUUUCCACAUGUUUCUGCGGACGAGCCAUGCAUGGCGAGAUGCACAUGCACAUGCACAUGCACACGCUU